AUGGCAACAACCAGCAGAACUGUCAAAGUGGCCGCCGUGCAGGCCGCUUGCGUCGCGUUCGACCUCGCUGCCAGCCUGCGCAAGCUGGCCCAGCUGACGCGCCAGGCAAAGGAUGCCGGGGCUAAACUGGUUGUGUUUCCGGUCGAGAACGCCAGAAGUCUAAGGGCAUGGAUGUGCGUCCGUCCAGGACGGAAAUGGUACGCUCGAUACUAUGACAAUGCCGUCGCCGUGCCAUCCGCCGAAUACCACAAGCUCAGUCUCGUGGCCAAGGAGAAUGCCGUCUUUCUUCAGGUUGGCAUCGUCGAGAAGGCCGGGGCAACGUUGUAUUGCACGACGCUGCUUUUUGCCAGAGACGGGAGUCUCCUGUCCUCUCAUCGGAAGCUCAUCCCAACCGCCGCCGAGAGAAUCGUCUGGGGCCGCGGAGCCGGCGAUGGACUCAACGUUGUAGAGACGGAAAUUGGCAAAAUCGGCGGUCUGAUCUGCUGGGAGAAUUAUAUGCCUGCUGCGAGGCUGGCGCUGUACCAGCAGGGUGUGGAAAUUUAUACCGCUCCCAACGCUGAUGAUCUCCCUGCGUGGAUUGCCUCGAUGCAGCACAUCGCCAAGGAGGGUCGAUGCUUCGUCAUAUCAUCGAACCAGUUUCUCAGAAUCUCCGACUUCCCCGCCGACUAUCCCCCGUACAGCGAAAAGCGCCAGGCAGGACAGACAGACCACAUCGUCAGCCAUGGCGGUUCUUGCAUUUGCGGUCCCCUGGGCAAUAUAAUUGCCGGGCCCGUAUGGGACAAGGAAGAGAUCGUCUAUGCGACUCUCGACAUGGCGGAGUUGACUGAGGCAAGGAUGGACUUUGACGCUGUGGGAAGCUACGCCAGGCCGGAUAUCUUUGAGUUGAAGGUCAACACGAAACCGGCUUCGAGUGUUACAUUUGUCGAAAGCGAGGAUUAG